GGCGACCCCCGGCGCGCCCCGGGUUCAAAGGCCCCGCGCGGCAGCCCCAGCCCCUCCGGGGGGCGGGGAGGCGAGGGGGUGGUGCGGGCGCCAGAAAAGCCCGAGCCCACAGCCGGCCCGGCGCGGCGAUGGGCAGCGCGCUCUGACGCGUGUGAGCGGCGCAGCCAACUCCCGGCCGGGGCGCGGGGCGCAGCGAGCGAGCGAGCGAGCGCCGGCCUCGGACCCCGCGGCCGGAGGGCGAGGCCGCCGCGCCGGGCCCAGCGCCCUUUCUCGGCCACAGGCGUCCGUGCCCCCGGCCCGGUGCCCCGCGCCCGAUCGGGGUUCAUGGAGCCGGGGCUGUGGCUCCUGUUCGGGCUCACGGUGACCUCCGCCGCAGGAUUGGUGCCUCGCCCCCAGCCUGGGGACGCUGGCAGGAGCGGCAUGCCUGGGGCCCCGCCUGCAGCCAGAUCCGAGGGGGACCUCGAGGACGCCGUGGCCACUACAGCAGUGCAGAGUCCAAGUCCCAGAAGCCCUGGGCAGGAGCAGGAGCCAGGGCGGUUUGGGGAACAGGCGCCCGAGGGGGGUCCUGUGCACCGCCGAGCGAGACGCUGCACGUGUUUCACCUACAAGGACAAGGAGUGCGUCUACUAUUGCCACCUGGACAUCAUCUGGAUCAACACUCCUGAACGGACCGUGCCCUAUGGACUGUCCAACUACAGAGGAAGCUUCCGGAGCAAGAGGUCCGCGGGGCCGUUCCCGCAGAGCCCACAGCCGUCCAAGCGGACGCUGCGCUGCGCUUGUGUGCGGAGUUGGGACAGCGCCUGCCUGCACUUCUGUACCCGCACCCUGGCCGUCAGCAGGAACUCAAGGACAGCAGAAAAUCCUGACGAAGAGGAACAGCCAGCCGGCGGUGCCGAUGGAGGCCUGCGUCCGAGGAGCAAAGAUGUGUGGUGCACCUGCGACAUGCCGGGCAGCGCUCUGGAAGUCGGGGACGUGGGAGGGGACAAGGCGGAGGGGCUGCGUUUGCGGAACUUACAGAAUGUGGGGAGCUGACCGCAGACAAAUACACUCGUCCCCCCUCCCCCAUGGGGGCUUCAUUCCAGAUGGACCACGGACACGCCCAUAGGUACUGCAUUUUCCCCUACACACACACACACACACACACACACACACACCUCUACCAGGAUGUCGCAUUGAUAAAUCAGGCACAGGGAGAGAGUAACUAUGAUACCUGGUCAUAAAGUAGGACAAGUAUGGCAAUCUCCUGUAAUAAAAGUCACGUGAGUGUGGUCUCUCUUUCUCUCCCAAAACGUUGGGUUUGUACUCACCCCCCUUGUGACGAGGAGAGGUGGUAAAAUGCUGCGUGAAGAUGUGAGUGAGCUGAAUACACAGGCCUGUGACACAGCGUGAGGUUACUGUUGUCCUCCUGACGCUGUGUCGGAAGGAGGAACAUCUACUUCCGGGCCGUGGUUGACUGUGGGUAACUCAGGAAAGCAGGGUCGGGACAGGAAGUGCCAGGGCUGGGGGUUGCAGUUUGGGAUUGGGUGGACAGGGCGGUCUCCUUGGCAGAAUGAUCUGCAGGAAGUCAAGGGGUGAGCCAGGGGGAUGAUGAAGGGGAGGAGAGUUCAGGGAGGGAGAACAGUAAGUGCAAAGGUCCUGUGGUAGGAAUAUGCUGGGUCUGUUCAAGGAAGGCCAGAGAGCCCCGCACGGAAAAAGCGUGAAGUUGCUUUUGCUGUCGCUGCUCUUAACUGUUCCACUGAACGUCCAGAAGGUGAGGAAGCAUGCACACGUGUCCCCACUGGGGCCUGGAAAGGAGACUCUUCCCAGGUUUUCACGAUUCACGUAAAGCUCCUGUAAGAAGCUUUACAUGGGAAGAGAAGUCUUUUCUUAUAAGCCACGGUCCCUGCUUUCUUGCAAGACUCGACUUAAUAAUUCCCAGAUAAGCAUUCUCAGAUUGGAAGCUGCCACCGUCCUGAGCUUGUGAUAAUCAAAGACGGGACCAGGCUGUGGGGCACCUCCCAGCGGCCGCCUCUGCUGGUGUGAUUCAUUCACGCCUUCCUGGGUGGGUGGCAGGCUCUGAAAUUGCCACGAAGCGCUGGUGGGAAGGGUCACUUCAGAGCAGGGGACAGGGCUAGAGAGGGAGCCGAGAGUUGUCCCCUUUUCCAGCCGGUAAGAGCUCUCCUUCAUAACGUACCUCUUUUUCUCUUUUGCCCCUUUCUCCAAGAUAGGCUGAAGUCCGGGACCGACCAAGCGAGCAGGCCUUAGGCCUCUGGCAUCACGUGCUUGCCCGGCGGUGGGCCCCCCGCGCUCUGCCUCCCCCUCUGCUGUGUCAGGAACCCCUGCGGACACAGGCCAGCAGCACCCCGUUUCUGGGAGGCCUCAGUUUCCGCUCCUUCCCGGUUCACGUUCCCAGCCUCUUGGAGGACCAGGAUGAGUUUUGCCUGGUGGGGGGAAAACCCACUCAGAAGGUCCACACUUAACAGUACACCCCUCACCCAAGAAUGCCCCAGCCCCAACGACCCGGUUUCUGUAAUGGGUAAAAUGAUCCCAGAUGUGCCCUAGAGCCUGACGCCUGCGGCUCGGGUUUCAUGCAGGAAAUUGUUUUUGGAGCGCCGUGGCACAUCCAGCCGCUUGCUGGCUUUUCACUUCUCUUGGAGUAUAAGUGGGCUCCAGGCUGACUUUGCAAAUGUAAACAUGCGUCCCCUUAUAACCGAUGCGGCGGGAGCAUGCGACGCUCCCGUCCUGACAUCCAGAAGGCACGCGCUGUGGACUAGGGAGGGCGCCAGGCAUCGAUUUUGAAUGUGGAGCGUAGCUUUGCAGGAGUUGAGGACUUUGAAGCUUCUAGGAGGAUUUAGACAGCGAUUUUCAGGUGUGCACGGUACCCACUAAAAGAAUGUAUCUUUGAGAAAGAGAGGACAAGAGAAAAAACAAACCUUGAUGUUUGUGACGAGGAAAGAAGAACACGAGUAUGUGUGGGCUUUGAACCCGCACGACACGUGCGGCUGCGAGCCUGUCCUCGAUCAGGUGACCUUCUGAGCCCUCUGCGGACAGGCAGGCCAGGCACUUCCCAGAGAGCCGCAGUAAAAGCCGCCGGCCUCCCCUCCAGGCCAUUUGGGUGAAUAUUCGCUUUCAUGAACAAAUGUGGAUCUUUGGGGAACGGCUUCAAAAUAAGCCACAAAUGCAAACUCUUUGUAAAUUAUGUAAAUUCCUAUUUAUCUAUGUAAUUGGCAACCACUGGGGAUUGUAACGCCCCGCAGGUCGCGAUCUGUUUCCGCUGUGCUUUUUACGGCCGGCCCAAGAUUACCGUGCGUAUCCAGCAAAGUAUUUGGUGCCAACGUCAUUGAUGCAGAUGCCCCCCCCCCCACACACACACACCCGCCCCCAGCUGGCAGAGAGAUGAGAACCCACAUGGGAGGCAUGCCCAGGUCACCACGCGGGGAAAUUUAAGGUGGUGAACGACAGAGCGUUGGCCUUGACCAAAUGCUAAAUUCUGCGUGCGUUAUUUCAUGAGCUCUUACGGAUAGAAAAGGGAGUACCUAUCACCCGGAAAAGGAGGGCAGUGCUUUGCUAGCAGGACUGUGUACAGUUUAGAGAAGCAACUAUUUAUUGUGAAACUCUUUAUUUCGAUUCCUUUAUGUGGAUCUGUUCAAAGUAAAGCCACUGUGUAUAUAUAGACAGAUUUUAAAUUGUGUUCUGGAUCCAAACACAUAUUCCUUAGAGCUUGAGUUACAUUUUUAAAACGCAUAGGCACCGUUUGGCUCUGUGGCAGGAUGCUAUCUUGGAGAGAAAUUCAUCCGUUGUGCUAACACUCAGAAAAUACUAACUGUCAAAUGCAUAAUAAAAAAAAAAUCUAGAA